GCUAGUUCGGGACCAGGCCGCGAGUGGGGGAGGGGAGGAAACGAAGAGGCCUGCGGACGCGGAGGCCGCUUCCUCUCCGGAUAGGAUGGAGGAGCUUGGUACGGGGCCACCGGUGCGAAGAGGGACACGGCGCAGGCUUCCCCUGCCAGGGGCCUUUCGUCCGGUAGUGGUUUGUGGCGGGUGGAGGGGGCAGAUUGUGUGUCUUCCUCAGGGACGUGUGACUGAAAAAUCUUUAAGAAUGGAGUCUAAACCUUCAAGGAUUCCAAGAAGAAUUUCUGUUCAACCCUCCAGCUCCUUAAGUGCUAGGAUGAUGUCUGGAAGCAGAGGAAGUAGUUUAAAUGAUACCUAUCACUCAAGAGACUCUUCAUUUAGAUUGGAUUCUGAAUAUCAGUCUACAUCAGCAUCAGCAUCUGCAUCACCAUUUCAAUCUACAUGGUAUAGUGAAUCUGAGAUAACUCAGGGAGCACGCUCAAGAUCGCAGAACCAGCAACGGGAUCAUGAUUCAAAAAGACCUAAACUUUCUUGUACAAAUUGUACUACCUCAGCUGGUAGAAAUGUUGGAAAUGGUUUAAAUGCGGUAUCAGAUUCAUCUCGGAGGCAUAAUCAAGUUCCUAGAUCUUCAUCAGUGGUACUUGGAUCAUUUGGAACAGACUUAAUGAGAGAGAGGAGAGAUUUGGAGAGAAGAACAGAUUCUUCUAUUAGUAAUCUUAUGGAUUAUAGUCACCGAAGUGGUGAUUUCACAACUUCAUCAUACGUUCAAGACCGAGUUCCUUCAUAUUCACAAGGAGCAAGACCAAAAGAAAAUUCAGUGAGCACUUUACAGUUGAAUACAUCAUCCACAAACCACCAGUUGCCUUCUGAACAUCAGACCAUACUAAGUUCUAGGGACUCCAGAAAUUCCUUAAGAUCAAAUUUUUCUUCACGAGAAUCAGAAUCUUCCCGAAGCAAUACACAACCUGGAUUUUCUUAUAUUUCAAGUAGAGAUGAAACCCCAAACAUUAGCAAUCCAGAAAGGGUUGUUUCAUCUCAAAGACCAUUUCAAGAAUCUUCUGACAACGAAGGUAGGCGGACAACCAGGAGAUUGCUGUCACGCAUAGCUUCUAGCAUGUCAUCUACUUUUUUUUCACGAAGAUCUAGUCAGGAUUCUUUGAAUACAAGAUCAUUGAGUUCUGAAAAUUCUUAUGUUUCUCCAAGAAUCUUGACAGCUUCACAGUCCCGUAGUAAUGUACCGUCGACUUCUGAAGUUCCCGAUAAUAGGGCAUCUGAAGCUUCUCAGGGAUUUCGAUUUCUUAGGCGAAGAUGGGGUUUGUCAUCUCUUAGCCACAAUCAUAGCUCUGAGUCAGAUUCAGAAAAUUUUAAUCAAGAAUCUGAAGGUAGAAAUACAGGACCAUGGUUAUCUUCCUCACUUAGAAAUAGAUGCACACCUUUGUUCUCUAGAAGGAGGCGAGAGGGAAGAGAUGAAUCUUCAAGGAUACCUACCUCUGAUACACCAUCUAGAGCUCAUAUUUUUAGAAGAGAAUCAAAUGAAGUGGUUCACCUUGAAGCACACAGUGAUCCUCUUGGAGCUGCUGCCAACAGACCGCAAGCAUCUGCGUCAAGCAGUGCCACAGCAGGUGGCUCUACAUCAGAUUCGGCUCAAGGUGGAAGAAAUACAGGAAUAGCAGGGAUUCUUCCUGGUUCCUUAUUCCGGUUUGCAGUCCCCCCAGCACUUGGGAGUAAUUUGACCGACAAUGUCAUGAUCACUGUAGAUAUUAUUCCUUCAGGUUGGAAUUCAGCUGAUGGUAAAAGUGAUAAAACUAAAAAUGCACCUUCAAGAGAUCCAGAAAGAUUGCAGAAAAUAAAAGAGAGCCUCCUUUUAGAGGACUCAGAAGAAGAAGAAGGUGACUUAUGUAGAAUUUGUCAAAUGGCAGCUGCAUCAUCAUCUAAUUUGCUGAUAGAGCCAUGCAAGUGCACAGGAAGUUUGCAGUAUGUCCACCAAGAGUGUAUGAAAAAGUGGUUACAGGCCAAAAUUAACUCUGGUUCUUCAUUAGAAGCUGUAACCACCUGUGAACUAUGUAAAGAGAAGUUGGAGCUUAACCUGGAGGAUUUUGAUAUCCAUGAACUACAUAGAGCUCAUGCAAAUGAACAAGCUGAGUAUGAGUUUAUCAGCUCUGGUCUCUACCUAGUGGUGUUAUUGCACUUGUGCGAACAAAGCUUUUCUGAUAUGAUGGGAAAUACAAAUGAACCAAGCACACGUGUCCGAUUUAUUAACCUUGCAAGAACUCUUCAGGCACAUAUGGAAGAUCUCGAAACGGUAAUAAGCCAGAUUCUACUCAGGUGUGUGAGAGCACUUGCCUUAAGUUCACUUUUUUUCCUAGUGUUUAUAUAUCAUUAGCUACUAUGAACACAGAUUUAUCUCAGAAAAAAAUGUUUAGAAGAUGCUCUUGAACAUUUUUAAGCAUUUUCAUUUUUAUAAAAAUUGAUAGAACAUUACAAAAAGAUGUGGGGGGCGGGGGCAUUGUGGAUGGGAAUCACCCGCAGUCAAACCACCCUAACCCUGUCAUAUAACUUAUCAUUUUGAUUAAACAAUAUACUAAAUUGGGAUUUUUAUUUUUACAAGUCAUUGCUGUUCUGGCUUCAUAUUGACACUUCCCAUUUUUAUCCCCCUUAAAAUCAUUCUUGACUAUCCUGUUUUCUUUCAACAGCUUCAGAGGAUGAUUCCGAAGAAGAUGGAGACCAUAACAGGACAUUUGAUAUUGCCUAACUUCAUAUAAGACAGAUGGAUGAUCUGUGAACACAAGUGUUUAUUAAAACUGGCAAUUAAAUAUAAAUUAAUUUUGUGGGGGAAUGCCUAAUAAAUACAUUGACUAUAUAUAAAAUGAAUAUAUACAUACACAUGUAUGCCUGUAUAUAUAUAUUCAUUCUCAAGUGUUGCUGAAUUAAAAUUCUGCUGGACUUUUUUAACACAGCAAAUCUGAUGUUUAUAAACUGGUAAUCAAAAAGGUUUUUUUCUUUUAGGUGAGUGGGAAAGUAUUACCCUUGUUUUAAAUAUCUAAGCAAUGCCCAUCAACCCUUUUCUGUGUUCUGAUUACUAUAGUCAUAUUUAUGAAAAAAAGGUUUGUGUUUUAGUCUCUUGCUAGUGAGAAAAGUGGGACAAAAUAUGCGUUUGAAAUUAAAACCAUAUGGCACCUAAUUAUUUUUCUUUUAAAAUGCCUUAAGUUGCAGUCUCAUUUUGAUAAUCAUUUGCUUCCAGUGUUUAAAAACAAAAACUAAAAAAAGAAUGGGAGAUGGUUCUGAGAAGAGCAUUAUAUUAGGUUUCCAAAUUUAAUUUGAAUUCCAAAUUCACUUAGCAAUAAAAUCUAAUUUUUAAAAAAGUAUAUAAAUAUCAAAUGCAUAAAUGAUGGAUGCAUUUUUGUAUUGAUUUGCAAAAUGCAGAUUAUAUUUGAUAGGCUAUAGUAUGUAGAUAUUCCUUUUAGGAAUAUUACAGCUGUAAAUUAUAUGAGAAUUGCCAGUCAAAUGCUAUUUGGUUUUAAAAAAAAUAUUGCAAUCUCAAGUUAAUGGAAUAUUUUUAAAUCCCACAUUCAGAGUUUAAAACACUGGUUUUCAAUGUGUUUUUUAGUGUUGUCACUUCUUUAUAGAUAAAUAUGAUAUAAAUAACCUGUUUGGAUUCUGGUCGUUUUUAACUGUUACUUGGUAAUUCUGAGCAUUUAUUUGAUGACUUAGUAUUUUUCACUACCUUUGGAUGGCAGAUGAACGUUAUUCACCAUGAAUGGAUCUACACUGUGGUCAUGAGUUGUGUAUACUUACAUAACACUGUAUUUUUUCUUCUGUCAAUACCCUUUAGAUACACUUUAAAACACCUUAAGGUCUGAUGUUAUUGCAACAAACUACUUUUUCAAACCUAAAUAGGAACCAUGUAAUUUCUGAAAAGUGAAUGAUAAUUUGCCCACACUUAAGUUUGUUGGUUUUAUGUAAAACAUUGGCUCGAAAUAAAGUGCACACUGAUUUA